AAAAUAUACUACUGCCCAACAAAAUAGAAAGUAAAAAAAAGAAAAAAAACCGAAAGUGAAAACGCCAAAAAAAAAAGAGAAGAAGGUUUUGACGUACAAAAUUGAGUGACUAACACAACCACAAAAGCAGUUAGAUACUAGCAUAUUUAUCAUUUUACAUUAAAUCGAAUUUGUAGUAUAGUGUAGUUCUGUCCGUAUCAUCAUCUCCCAAGAUUCUUCCCAAUGUUCUUCCUCAGAAUCUCUUCACUUCAAUAUUAUUGUAGCCCCCUCCUCCUCCCUGUCAUGUACAUUAAAUUAAUCAUCACAUAAUUGUAAACCUUACCCCAAUAAGAUUUUUUUUUUUUUUUUUAAAUAACUCAGACUUCUUUCUUCCUUCUUCUUAACAGAUAGGUUCCUUCUCAUCAGAAGGAAAAAAUAAAAAAUAAAAAAUUAGCUUCUUUCCAGCUGCUAGAAACUCAAAAUUCAGACCCCAAGAUGGAGCAUGAGAUUGUUGAACCUCUCUUGCCAUCAUCAUCAAAGACAAAGUCAAAGGGAAAGGACAAACAUGAUGGUGAACGGAAAGGAGAACCGCCGGCGGAGGAGGAGGAGGAGGAGAACUCGCCAAUCCGGCAGGUGGCGCUGACGGUGUCGACCACCGACGACCCAUCUUUGCCGGUGCUGACUUUCCGAAUGUGGACGCUGGGGACGCUUUCUUGCGUCUUGCUGUCGUUCCUCAACCAGUUCUUCUGGUACAGAACGGAGCCGUUGACCAUCACGGCCAUCUCCGCCCAGAUCGCCGUUGUGCCGCUGGGGCAGCUCAUGGCGGCGAAGAUCACGAACCGGGUUUUCUUCAAGGGGAGUCGGUGGGAGUUCACGUUGAAUCCGGGGCCGUUCAAUGUGAAGGAACACGUGCUGAUCACCAUCUUCGCCAACUCCGGCGCCGGCACCGUUUAUGCCAUCCACGUGGUCACCGCCAUCAAGGCGUUUUACAAACAGCACAUCACUUUCUUCGUCUCUUUGAUCGUUAUCUUAACCACCCAGGUGUUGGGAUUUGGAUGGGCCGGCAUAUUCAGGAGGUACCUGGUGGAGCCGGCGGAGAUGUGGUGGCCGGCCAAUCUCGUUCAAGUCUCCUUAUUCAGGGCCUUGCACGAAAGGGAAGAGCGGCCGAAGGGAGGACUAACAAGAACACAGUUCUUCCUCAUUGCCUUCACUUGCAGCUUUGCUUACUAUGUCUUCCCUGGCUAUCUUUUCCAGAUGCUAACUUCCCUCUCUUGGGUCUGUUGGCUCUUCCCCACUUCAGUAAUAGCCCAGCAGCUUGGUUCAGGUUUAUAUGGGUUGGGUAUAGGUGCUAUUGGGCUUGAUUGGUCAUCCAUUUCCUCAUACCUUGGAAGCCCACUUGCCAGCCCUUGGUUUGCCACUGCCAAUGUCGCAGCUGGAUUUUUCCUUGUGAUGUAUGUUGUCACACCAAUUGCCUAUUGGUCCAACCUCUACAAAGCCAAGAAUUUCCCAAUUUUCUCUUCAAGAAUGUUCACAACACAAGGCCAAGUGUACAACAUUUCAAGCAUUAUUGACUCCAAUUUUCACCUUGAUCUUGAGGCUUAUGAGAAACAAGGACCCCUUUAUCUCAGCACUUUCUUUGCCAUGACUUAUGGAGUUGGCUUUGCUGCUCUCACUGCUACCCUUGUCCAUGUCUUCCUCUUCCAUGGAAGGGAAAUCUGGGAGCAAAGCAGAUCAACAUUCAAAGAGAAGAAAAUGGACAUACACACCAAGCUGAUGAGCAAAUAUAAUCAAGUACCUGAAUGGUGGUUCUGGUGUAUUUUGUUGGCAAAUGUGGCACUUACAGUUUUUGCUUGUGAGUAUUACAAUGAGCAACUUCAAUUGCCAUGGUGGGGUGUCAUAUUGGCCUGCUUCAUUGCCAUUUUCUUCACUCUCCCAAUUGGAAUCAUCACUGCCAUCACUAACCAGGUUACAAAAUUAAUGCAUAUCUAAAUUAGCGUUCUGACAUUUUUCCGAGCCUUAAACUUUAACUUGUGUGCAAAAAUUUUAUAUGAAUUUGACAGACACCUGGAUUGAACAUCAUCACCGAAUACAUAAUCGGAUACAUCUAUCCGGGGUAUCCAGUAGCAAACAUGUGUUUCAAGGUGUAUGGAUACAUUAGCAUGACUCAGGCUAUUACCUUCUUGCAAGACUUCAAGUUAGGCCAUUACAUGAAAAUCCCUCCAAGGACAAUGUUCAUGGCGCAAGUUGUAGGUACCCUGAUCGCGGCUUUCGUUUAUUUAGGCACGGCGUGGUGGUUGCUAGAGUCAAUCCCGGAGAUAUGUCAGGCAACAUCUGCACAGACAGUUUGGACUUGCCCGGGGGAUCGCGUGUUCUACGAUGCAUCAGUGAUCUGGGGAUUAAUCGGCCCUCGUAGAAUCUUUGGUGAUUUGGGAACCUAUGCGAUGGUGAACUGGUUCUUCCUCGGUGGCGCAAUAGCUCCCCUGCUAGUCUGGCUAGCUGCGAGGGCUUUUCCGAAUCAGGAAUGGAUUAAGCUCAUAAACAUGCCUGUUUUGAUCGGGGCAACCGGAAUGAUGCCACCCGCAACCGCGGUUAACUUCACGACGUGGAUCAUCGUGGGAUUUUUGUCGGGUUACGUUUGGUAUAAGUACAGGCCAGAGUCAUGGCAAAGGUUCAAUUAUGUGCUUUCAGGGGCUUUGGAUGCUGGAUUGGCAUUCAUGGGAGUUGUGUUGUAUAUGAGUUUGGGAUUGGAAGACAUUAGUGUGAAUUGGUGGGGAAAUGACCUUGAUGGAUGUGCUUAUGCUAGCUGCCCUACUGCCAAAGGGAUUUCUGUCUCAGGUUGUCCUGUGGUUUCUUAAAAAGUUUUAUGCCUUCAAAAUCCUUGGAAGUUAUUACAACUUUAGGAAAAGAGCAUUGUUGGUAGAUGUAAGAGGUUUCUUCUACUUUGUAUAUCUUGGUUUCAAAUGAAACAAAUGCUUCUUAUUCUUUUAUCCAGUGUUCACGAAUUGCAAGUGAUCAUUUCAGGUGACUUGCGACAUCUUUUCAUCUGAUUUUGUGAUGUUUCAUUGCGACUUGCGAAUAGUGCUUAUCUAUAUUAUGCACAAGUUGUUUGAUACUCCCUCCGAAGACUUUAGAGUGGAAGCAGUCAUUACUUCAACUUAAUCUGAAAGUUUACACGUAUAUACGAG